AUGGCAAUUUUAAAUCAAGCAACUACAGUAGCUAGUAGUUUACAGAAUACAGAUGCCUCCUCCACUACACAGUUUACAGGUGCCUCCUUUACCAAAAAGUUUACAGGUGCCUCCUUUACCAAACAGUUUACAGGUGCCUCCUUUACCAAACAGUUUACAGGUGCAUACUCCACUACACAGUUUACAGUAACUUCCUCCACAACACAGUUUACAGAUGAUUACUCCACCACACAGUUUACAGAUGAUUACUCCACCACACAGUUUACAGGUGCCUCCUUUAACAAACAGUUAACAGGUGCCUACUCCACUACACAGUUGACAGUAACCUCCUCCAAUAACAGAUUUACAGGUGCCUCCUCCGCUACACAGUUUACAGGUGCCUCCUCCGCUACACAGUUUACAGGUGCCUCCUCCACCACACAGUUUACAGGUGCCUCCUCCGCUACACAGUUUACAGUAACCUCCUCCUCUACACAGUUUACAGGUGCCUCCUCCACCACACAGUUUACAGGUGCCUCCUCCACCACACAGUUUACAGGUGCCUCCUCCACCACACAGUUUACAGGUGCCUUCUGUAAGCCACCGGAUAUUUUAUCAGAGCAAAAAUAA